AUGAUCAAAAUCUCCUCGAUAAUCUCAUUGAUUUUUCUAAUUUCCGGCGUUUCGCCAACUCCUUCAGUUUGGUCAUGUCCACUUAUGGGACAAUUUGCUCUAGGAAUGCCAGUUGGCGAAGAGUAAGCUUUUAAAAGGUUUCCACGUGAAAACCCAUAUUUUCAGCUGUCCUACCGAUUCGUUCAUUCAUUAUUAUUCUUGUUGUGAUGACAAUCCAUUUCAAUGUUGUUUUCACUUUGAAACAUGGGCAAUGUAAGUCAGACUUUCCUAGGAACCUCAAUAAACCGGAAGAAAAAAAAACGAAAAAAAAAGAAAAAAAAUUAAAAAUGAGAAAUAUUACUGUCGUCAAAAAAGUUCACGUGUUCGCGUGUUCGCGUGUUUUCACAACACACAAAUUACCGUACUCCAAAAUAUAUUUUUUUGUUCUUUUGAAACUAUAUCACGUUUCAGCGUGGUUUUCGGAAUAACAGUAUUGGUUGUGAUUGUGGCAAGUAUGUUCCUGGCUGGAAAAUUGCUAAUGAACUCAAAUUUCGUCCAAAAAACAGAGCAACGACGAUGA